AUGGACAUUAACGAUAUUCCUUCCACCAUGAAGGCUGGUGUGAUUAAGGAUUGGAAGAAGAGCAUGGCUUUAGAUGCACAACAUGCCGUUCCAAAAGAUCUAAAAGGCUAUGACAUCUUGGUUCAAGUGAAAGCAGCAGGAAUGUGUCAUACAGACGUUCAAACAUUAGAAGGCGUCUACAAAUCACAAGGUACAUUUCAAGGUAUGAUCGGUAGUCAUGAACCUGCAGGUGUGGUCGUGGCUUUAGGUCCUGAUGCGGAGAAAGAUGGAAAAGUACAAGUUGGAGAUCGUGUUGGAAGUAUAAAUACAUAUGGAUAUUGCGGAAAGUGCAAAUCAUGCAAGAAGAACGGUGAACAAUUAUGUGAAAACAUCAAGGGUCUCUUGGGUUUGACAAUUGACGGUGGAUUUGCAGAAUAUUGCCGAAUGGACGCUCGCGUUGUUGGAAAGAUUCCAAAAGAAAUCCCCUUCACCGAAGCAGCACCUCUUUUCUGUGCAGGAGCAACAGUAUUUGGCGCUCUUAAAGCAGCUGGUGUAGAAAAGGAUAAAUGGCUUGCAAUCGUUGGAGCUGGAGGCGGUUUAGGUCAUUUAGGUGUUCAAUACGCCAAAGCGUUGGGAUUCAAAGUUGUAGCAUUGGAUAAUCGUCAAGAAGCUUUGGAUGUUUUGGACUCAAUUCCUGAUCAUCUUAAACCUGAUCAAAAAUACCUCAUCAACGACGAAAACAUUGAAAAGCUCAGUGGCAGUUUCUACGACUCGGAUCCUGGAGUUGAUAAAGCGAUCAUUUGUGCUGAAGAUCGUGCUCUUCCAAGGCUCACUCAGCAAUUCUUGCGAAAAGGUGGAAUGAUCGUUGAUGUUGGCUUACCCGCUGAUGGUCCUUUGGAAGUGGAUUCCUUCGCUUUGAGUUUCAAAGAACAAACUAUUCGUGGUCGUUUGAUUUGUACUCCACACGAAUGUCAAGAGAUGGUCGAUAUGCAUAAGAGGAGCGGUUGCAAGACAUACAUCGAACAAACGUUCCCGAUCGAAAAGAUUCAAGAUGUAUACGACAGAUAUAAUCAGAAGGAUCUUAAGGGACGUAUCGUCGUUUCUUUUGAGUAGAUAAUCUCUCCAUCAAUGUUCUUUCAAUAAUACCAUAUGAUACACGCUUGAAGUAUGCAUCUGUCCCGCAAUCUGACUCGAAAGCUAGUUGAGAGCCUGCCAACA